CUGCCCUGUUGCCUGUCGCAUUAAGCCACCGCAGUCAUCCCAUCCCAUCACGUCCCCAUCCACCGACUUGGACUUGCAAGGUGCUGGUGUUGAUGAAGCAUGACGAGGGAGCGACGUGUGAUGGAUGCGAGGCGAUGCUACUGUUACUCUUCGGGAAUAAGGGAGCUACCGCAACGCCGAGGCCUCUUGGAGAUCUUGCUUACAAGAUUGGACUCUGCUGCUGCUACUACUACUACUCCUCCGUUGCAGCCACCAGUCGACUGCCGUGAAUGCUUCGGGCCGCCCAAGCCAAUAUGCCCGUCAUUAAGGGCUGGGUUGGGUUGGAUUGGCUUGCAAUGGUGAGGGGAUAGCGUUGGGCUCGGCUGGGCUGGACUCGACGCUGGAACUGCAGAUACUCCUGAAUCGUCACCUCACAUCACCAUGCCUUGCUUGUCUGCCCUGCCCUGCCCUGCCCUGCCUCAUUGUGAUUGUUGGUUUGAUGUCUUGAGAGUAUUCGUGUAUUCGUACGGAUACAGAUAUUACCGGUGCUGUCUUUCACCGGUCUCGAUGCAAUGCAGAAGCGUCUAAUUAACCUCGGGUACAAUACACGAAAUGACGCGCAGAAACUGAUCUGUCGUGGAGGCGGCCCAGCAGAUCACGUCCUGUCUCGUCCUACUCUGAGCAAAUCACCUCUGCAGGCAUUUCCAAAUGGGUCGCCAUGCCCGAAGACAAUCGUCAACAGACAGGACCCUGAGUUUAACCUGCUCUUAAUUUCACGUCCCAUUACUUGGGCAUAGUCAAAUGUCAUAGCCGCCCCCCUCUCAUCUCUCCGGGCAAAAACAGUUGUCUGCUGCGUAGUGUUGUGUCGUGUCGUGUCGUGUUAUGCUACGCUACCCCAUACGCUCUGGAUCGUCCCUCUUCAUGCGUCCAUUUCAAGGACUUGCAUCAUCCCACGAAUGAGGACCCUGCUCUCCUGUUCCCCACGAUCCAUUCCCGUACGUCUUGCAGCGUCCUUCUCCGCAUUAUCUGCUAGGGGUGGCGCCGGCUCGACAGUAACAUCGUCGCCGCUACUCUAAAGUACUUGGCAGACCUGCUUCACUAACAGCACUACUUAAUAAGUGUGGUGUCCAGCCUUACACAGAUCAAAGUUUGGGGGCCCUUUCUCUUCGUGGCUUGCACAAUAGGAAUAUCUUCCUGACUAGCGCUGUCAACUCCUUGUUAACAUGUCUCCUUCAAGUACCAAGGUUGCCGCUGGUGGCUCCUUUCAUACCUUCCAGGGCAUCAUUCCCAAAAAGCAGCCCGCUGCUUCCAGCAAUGCAAGACCCAGGGUCGCCGGCACACGGCGCAUAACGACUCCCCAUGCCUGUACCGAGUGCAAACGAAGAAAGAUCCGCUGCGAUGGCAAGCUGCCAUGCGGCCAAUGCAUCACCAGCCGUGCUCCAAAGAGCUGCUCUUACGAUAAACAUCGCCAACGAAUGAUUCCAUCCAGAAAGGCUCUGGAUAGCUUGGCACAAUCUCUCGAGGAGUGUAGGUCAGUGCUUCGGCGCCUUUACCCAAACCAUGACGUUUCUGCACUGCGGACCAUGGACAAACAGGAACUUAUCAACCUCCUGGCUCAAUCACAAUGUUCACUUGGAGAUCCUCUUCCAUCGCCACCUCUCGAGUCAUCAUUUCCCAAGCCAGACACAUCUCUGGUACCAUCAGACUCCCUCCUGGAACUUCAGUCUUCUCUCGAGGCUGACCUCGACUCACUCAUCGGAGAGCUUGAAUUUGAGAUACCCACCGAACAACUUGAAACCAAUGAUGGAUCCGGCUAUCUCACACAACAAACCUGGUGGGACUAUAGCUCACGGCAGUGGAGCUCAGUGCCCGUGCCAUCUAUGAUGGAGGGUCAGCCAUAUGGCCAUGACUUGGUCACUCCGAUGCAACACUCGAUGUAUGAGGAUGAGCGUGGAAUCUACGGCUCACUUGAAAUGAGAUGACGAAAAUGUAACCUUUCUCGAUGUAUUUUUACAUGCGAUUCCCGACUCUGAGUGGGUAUAGGGGCAUCAUGCACCCCCGGGGACGCAGGUCGUCUCCUUUGGCCGGAUCACAGCUUACGACAAUGAAACGAGGUCACGACCCUUUACUUGCUUUACGUUGCUUCACUUUACUUUAGGUAUCUACAGUAUGACUACCUAGGUACUUUACUUUGCCUACCUUACCUAGGUAGUAUCUAUAUGCAAACACAUACAUAUCUCUUGAUGUUUGAGUACCUUAGCUAAGGUCCCU